AACCGAACUAAAAGCGGCGAAGGCGUCUCUGUCCAGUCCACCAACCAACCACCGCCAUGGCGGGAUACCGCGGCGGGGGUUCCGCCUCGGGCGGCGGCGGCGGGGGGGCGUCGUCGGCGUCGGCGUUCGCGACGCGGGUGCUGCUGCUCCUCACGCUGCUGCCGAUGGCGCUGGCCGCGUUCGCCUUCGCGCUGCAGUGGCGCGGCGGGAUGCGCGACCCGGCGGGCGCGGCGUGGCCCGCGGAGACGCAGAGGUUCCCCGGCAUGGAGAACAGCCCGCUCGGAUCCUCCUCCUCCUCCUCGGGCGGGGGCGGGGGAGGCGGGUCCUACUUCGCCGUCACCUCGUCGCAGUCCUCCUCCGCGGCCGCAGACUGCGCCGAGAUCCUCGGCCGGAGCGCGGCGUCCUCCUCGCACGGCGGCAUCUCGCUCUACCGCGGGUGGGGCUUCGACUCCGACGCGGGACUAACCCCCAAGAUCUGUAUCACGGGAAGCACAUCUGCAGGGUUACACCAAAUUCUUCCAUGGUUGUACUACCACAAGGUCAUCGGUGUUUCACACUUUUUCCUUUUUGUUGAAGGAGAGGCUGCGAAACCAGCUGUUACCUCAGUUCUUGAAUCCAUUCGGGGUGUAAAAAUCAUUUACAGAACUAAAGAAUUGAAAGAGAAACAGGACAGAAGUCGCAUUUGGAAUGAGACUUGGCUGGCAGGUUUCUUUUACAAACCGUGCAAUUAUGAACUAUUUGUCAAACAGUCGCUGAACAUGGAAAUGGCUAUCAUUAUGGCAAGGGAUGCUGGCAUGGACUGGAUCAUUCAUCUUGAUACCGAUGAGCUAAUUCAUCCAGCUGGUGCCCGGGAGUACUCUCUGAGGCGAUUGCUUUUAGAUGUUCCUGAUAAUGUUGACAUGGUUAUCUUCCCCAACUAUGAGAGCAGCAUUGAGCGAGAUGACAUCAAAGAUCCUUUCACAGAGGUUUCCAUGUUUAAGAAAAAUUAUGAUCAUCUUCCAAAGGAUACAUAUUUUGGCCUAUACAAAGAAGCAACGCGUGGUAAUCCAAACUAUUUUCUCACUUACGGUAAUGGGAAAUCAGCAGCAAGGGUUCAGGAGCAUCUGCGUCCAAAUGGUGCUCAUAGAUGGCAUAAUUACAUGAAAACCCCAAAUGAAAUCAAGUUGGAGGAAGCUGCUAUUCUGCAUUACACUUACACAAAGUUCUCAGACUUAACUUCAAGGAGGGAUAGGUGUGGCUGCAAGCCCACAAAGGAAGAUGUGAAGCGAUGUUUUAUCUUGGAAUUUGACAGAUUGGCCUUUAUAAUUGCAUCAACAGCUACCGAGGAGGAAAUGAGGAACUGGUUCCGGGAACAUGUUUUAUGGAACGACAAAGAUACCAAUUUGAAGCUUUUGAGGAAGGGUGUGUUGACACGCAUAUAUGCCCCAAUGGCUAUCAUUCGUGGUCUCAAGGAAUCCGGCGUAUUCACCACCGCGGUAACUUCAGCAAAAGCGCAUGCAAAAUUUAAGUCAUCAAAUACGGAUCUCAAAAACAAGGAGUCUAUUCAUCCAAAUAUAACCCAAGGUGAUCAUUUGCAAGCCACAGUAAGAAAGAUCCUAGAAAUGGUUGAUGCCCAGGAAGAAGCGAUGCCACCAAUGUCGCCUCCCGGUUUCCUUCAUCAAACCGUCGAAACUGCUCUAUCGUGAAGCUGAGUGGGAUUCCGGAGUUAAAAACUAGACCGCUAUGCCUGCCAAUGGCAGCUGUUUCGGUGAUUUAAGAUCGCUAACCUUACAAAGAUGAUGAGAUUAUUAUAGACUGCAGACUGCGUAUGCCGCUUCACUUAUGUGUAUAGAUAAGCACUGGGGAUGUUAGAACAUGGACAUUGUAUAAUCUUGCAAUUUUUGAUGUCUUGUGCUGAUGUAAAAUCACAUAUGUUAUACCUAGAUUGGCAUUAUCAAGUGCAAAUCAUCACGGUAUCUACCGAGAAACAUAAUGCAAGUGAAACCCUGCUGUCAAUAUUUUUAUACUGAAAUUGUA